UGAAGUCAAUUUAUACAACACCCUACUAUCUGCAUGUAGAUCCCCUCCUCUCCUCUGUUACUACUACAGCUGGUGGCUGGCUCCACAUGCGGCGCUCCGUAGCCGUCACCGGCUCCAGUCUGUAGGCAUGUCGGCCGGUGGCUCUGACGGGACGGCGGACAGGCCAGCAGAUCUCGCUGCAGAGGGGGAAUGCCCAGAGCAAGCAGGCUCCUCCCUGCCGGCUGUCGAGGUGCCGAGGAAACGAAAGGGAGACGUGGAGGAGAGGUCAGGCACCCAUGGACAGCAUAGUGUCGACUUUCAAAAGGACGAUGACCGCAGCAGAUCUGAAGGAGAGGAUCAGCAAGUCAAAAUGAAAUGCUUCAGGGAGCCUCACCGACAGAUUGAGAAGCGGCGGAGGGAUAAAAUGAACACCCUCAUUGACGAGCUGGCAGCCAUGAUCCCCGCCUGUCAGCCCAUGGCGCGAAAACUCGACAAACUCACUGUGCUGCGGAAGGCUGUGCAACAUCUGAAAGCCCUCAAAGCUGGGACAGGCAGCGCCUUUACAGACACCACCUUCAAGCCUUCAAUCCUGUCUCAUGAUGACCUCAAGCACCUUCUGCUCAGGGCUGUGGACGGUUUCCUGUUAGUUGUAAGUUGUGACCGGGCCAAAAUCCUGUUCAUCUCCGAGUCCGUCUCCAAGAUCCUCAACCUUAGCCGGUUGGAGCUGACUGGGCAGAGCUUGUUCGAUUUCAUCCAUCCCAAAGACAUCAACAAGGUGAAGGAACAGCUGUCGUCUUCGGAGUAUCCUCGCCAAUGCCUCAUUGAUGCUGCAACCGGGGUUCAGGUGCAGGUGGACGCCCCCGCCAGGCCGCCCCUCUUGUCCACCGGAGCCCGGAGAUCCUUCUUCUGCCGGUUGAAGCACAGUCGGGUGGCGGGGAAGCAGGACAAACACUUUCUGCCCUGUACUUCCAAAAAGAAAGACACUUCCAGAUACUGUACCCUCCACUGCACUGGAUAUAUGCGCAGUUGUCCGAGCAGCCAGCUGGACUCAGAGGGCGACAGCGAGAUGGAAAGCUCCGACCUAAGCUGCCUGGUGACGGUGUGCCGCCUGCUCACUCCCAUGUCCCACCAGCCUCCCAAAGAGCUCACCAUCAGGCCCUCUGAGUUUGUGACCCGCUGGGCCAUCGACGGCAAGUUCACUUUUGUAGAACAGCAAGCCACGACAGUUAUCGGUUACUUGCCGCAGGAAGUUCUCGGCACGUCGUGCUAUGAGUACUUCCACCAGGACGACUUGCUGCACCUCGCAGACAAACACAGGCAAGUUCUGCGAAGCAAAGAGAAGAUCGAGACACGGUGCUACAAGUUCAAGACAAAAUAUGGCUCCUACGUUUCACUCCAAAGUCAGUGGUUUAGUUUCACAAAUCCAUGGACCAAAGAAGUCGAGUUUAUCGUGUCUUCAAACCAGGUUAUCUCCAGGGGGCCUGGUCACACAAAAGAUGAGGAGGCAGGCAACUCAAAAGCACUUCAGGAAGACACAAAGCAAAUACCCAUAAUUCCCAGCCUUUCCAGUGGUUUGGGCACAAUGAUCUACGCAGGCAGCAUAGGGACCCAGAUCGCAAACGAGCUCAUGGACUCCUACAGCAGGAUGAACUCGUCUCCAUCCAGCAGGGCUUGCAGUCCGUUUGGCCCGACCCAGGAGAAGUGUCCACAGGUUUCCCCACAAACCAGCACUAGUGCGUCCAGCAGAGAGGAGGCAUCAGGCAGUUCAUCCCAGUCCCAGUGUGACUCGAGGACAGCAGCGGGCACGAGCAGUGCAACUUCUGAAAGCUUGGCUGCUGUCAGCAGGAUAAACAUUAACCCAAUCCAAGGCGAGCCGUCCCAGCUGGACUUGGACUUGGUGCCGGGCCUGAGCAGCUUCAGCAGCGACGAGGCAGCCAUGGCGGUCAUCAUGAGCUUGCUGGAGACGGAUGUGAACAUGGGUCAAUCGGAGGACUUUGAAGACUUGCACUGGCCUUUCUAGAGGACGCACAGACAUUAAGCUCGCACAUGCUCUCACGCAGAGAACUCGUUCACUGGUUUGCUCUGUGGCCCGCUGAGCUGGCCUUGCACAUUUGAUCCCACUGAACCAUGUCGUACUUGAGGAAACAGGACAAAUAGAAAACGUUAAUAGAAAUUAAGUUACUGUGAUUACCUUGUUGGUCCCCCUGGCUCUCGCCUGAAUGAAUGUGAGGUUCAAGUUUGUUUUAUUUAAGAUAACUUUUUUGGCAUUUUAGGUCUUUCUUUGUGACAGCACAGCUUAGACAUGAAACGGGAGAGAGAGGGGGAACGACAUGCAGCAAAGGGCCGCAGUUCGGAACCGAACCGAACCCGCGGUCGCUGCGUCCAGGCCUCUCUGCAUAUUGGCGCAUGCUCUACCAGGUGAGCUACCCAGCCACCCGAAUGUGAGGUUCUUGUGUCCCGCGGAGCAUGUGUAGAUUCAGUGUGUGUCUGUGACACUUCCUCUUAAACCCAGACUUCCAGUGCACAACGAUUGAGCUAUUCGCUCUGCUCUGACGCCCAAUGAGUGACGAGGCCCCGGGGGGGAAUCAGACUCCUGCCAUGUGCAGUGUUGCUAGAGA